CAGUAGAAACCGAUGGGGGAAAUUGUUAUUGUGGUGGUGUCGUUGGUGAUGAUAGUGAUGAUGGUGGUGGUAAUACAUAAUGUUGAUCAUCACAAAGCAAAAGAGAGAAAGAUUAUAUGUUGAUGAUGAGGAUGAUGAGGAUGAAGAUGAAACUACGACGAUGACGACGAUGACGACGAUGCAAGCAAACUAAAGUAGAACCAACGAACCAAGUAGACCCGAUAUUACAAACGCUACAAAAUACAAUAUUACAACUAGUAUAAUUACGUAGGUCUACAAAUAGUUGCGUGAGUUUUAUUUCGUGAAUAGCAUCUAGUCGCAGUAGAUAAUUAAUCUUAUCAUAUACGCAAAAUAUAAUAUCUCGUUUUUUUGUUAUUAAAAACUAAGCGGUCAUUUUAUUUUAUUAUUAUUUUAUAUCUAUUCUUUAUUCUUUAUUUAUUAAUAAAUAUAAAAUAAAAUAAAAAAAAAAAAAAAAAAAAAAAGUAAAUAAGUAAAAAAUGUCGUGUGCUAUAGGAUGUAUCAGAUGGCUACUAUUUAUCUUCAAUUUUAUAUUUUGUCUAUGUGGCCUAGCACUUAUAAUUCCUGGAGUAAUUGUUCAUUUGAAUAUCAAAGAUUUGUCAACUGAGAUGCAAGAAAAUGUUAUGUUUCCAGUAAUUGCUAUUAUUAUUAUUGGGAGUGUAAUUUUUGUAAUUGCAUUUUUCGGAUGCUGCGGUGCUAUUAGAGAAAGUCAUUGUAUGACUGUUACUUUUGCCGUCCUGCUUCUAACGAUUUUAGUAUUUCAAAUUGGUAUUGCAAUUUUUGCUUUUAUUCAAUUAAAAGGAUUUGAUAGAGACUCAUUUGACCAUACUUAUGAUAAAAUUUUCAAUGAUUACUGGAAUGAGAAUAAAAAACAAGAUCGGAUAUUCAUAGAUGUUGUUCAAACUGCUCUGAGUUGUUGUGGUGUUCAUGGACCUGAAGAUUUCUCUUCCUCAAGACCAGGAUUUAAUGGUUCAAUUCCAUUAAGUUGCUGUCCAUUAAAUUUUCAGGAACCUAAACAACAAUUUUGUAAUGAACAUCCAUUUAAGAGUGGAUGCUCAGAGAAUGUAGCUAUUUUCUUUGAAUUUGCUGGAAAGCUGCUUGGUGGUAUUGCUCUAGGAAUUGCCGGCAUUGAACUCGUUGGUAUUAUAUUUGCUCUAUGUCUUGCUAAUUCCAUACGUAAUGCUGAUCGUCGAGCGUACAGAGUUUAGUUUUUUGGGUUUGGGAAUAGUAUCAUAAAAACUCUAACUCAGAUUAAGAUCAAGAUCAAGAUCAAAAUCAAAAUUUUUCUGAUUCGUUAUGCGAAACACACACUACAAGUAUUUAACAACAGCCAUAAUUUGUGGUAAUAAGCUUAAACUAAUUCAUUUAUAUACAUAUAUGUAUAUAAUAUGCAAAGUUAAUUGGUUCAAUUAAAUAUUUUCUAACACAA